CGGCGCUCACUUCACCCUAUUGACACCGAAUUUUUUCAACUUACAAAAUUGCGAUGAUUUCGAGUUUUUCUCUAUUAUGAAACCGUCAGCGCAGUUAAGUAAAGGGAAUUCGUCGAAUACAAAAAGCAAGAAGGGUUCGAAGGAGCGCGAAAAAAGGAAGUCCCAAGGGGGCACCGCUGAAGUCAACAAUCACAGCACGAGCGAAAAAGGGUCCCCGGCGAAGGAGACCAGUACGAGGUUGUACGCUGGAAUCGACGCAAACUCGCUUGUCAAUUAUGUCGAACAAAGCGGCAUUGAGCAGUUGUCGGAGGACAUAACCAACACUUUGACUGAAGAUAUUAAUUAUAGGUUACGAUAUAUUAUAAAUGAUUCGUUAGUGAAGGCGAGACUGUCGGGCCGAAAUGCCAUCAGUGCAAGCGACAUCGAGCACACUUUCGAGAACUUGAGGAUAGAGAAGGUGUAUGGGGCCCCGGCACACCCGAACUGGGUACAGUUCGGCGAUCAAGGCCUACACUGUCUCGAGGAUAAGAUAGUCAAUUUGGUGGAGAUGGCGGAACAGGAGAAUGUCUACCGCCAAUACGCCGAGCCCAUUUUAACGACCACGUGGAUCCCCGAGUACAAAGAAAUCGGCAAACCUCUCAAAACCUACUUCACCACGAUGUGUCAAAUGAUAGUCAGCAACGAUAUCUCCGUCAGACGAAUGGCUUUAAUUAAUAUAGGCGAAAAUUGUCGAAUAGGUCCUAUUAUCGAAUGGUUCUACAACUUCGGGUACAUCCUGCUGUCGAAGGACAUCACUUACGACUGUUUGACGCUACGAGCUUUAGAUUUAAUCGCGACGUUAGAAAAUAGUCCGACUUGUAGGAUAAACGUUUCAGAAAAACAGCUUAAGUUACUGGUGAGGUUAAUUCUGCAAAGGCUACUUAAGUCAACGACUAAUAGCGAAGUGCUUAAGCCUAUAUGCAACACUCUCGCUUUGUUGUGUGUCCGAGACCCCUUAAAACAGUUCGUCGUUUUAAAAAUUUUGCAAAAAAUGGACCAAGUGUUCGAGAAUUACGCUCUUCCUGUUUUAUCCAUAGCCAACAGUUUGGGCUCCGACGCCAUCCAAAGCAUCGUUCUACCAAACCUAGCUCUGUUCUUGAGCAGAACCGAAAAAGGCGAGUUGCCUUUUAUUUAUUCCAUAUUGGAAUCGUACCACAUUCUCUGUCAAGAGAGCCUACUCAACUCGGCCAUCUACGACUCGUUUUGCGACUACUUCGGCGACGCGAUGGCCGUUUUCAACCAAGCCCCGAAAUGUGUGACGGUUUCGGAGAAAAAGGACGCGAAUUUCGCCCAUAUUAAGUGCGAUUUGUUGCGGACGAGGAGGCGGAUUUCGCCGAGGGAGAAACGGCCCGGUUUGACAAUCGACGAGGUUUUCGAACUGCCGGCUGAAGAGUCCAAGGUUCGGAAGAAAAUGAACGAGCACAAGCGGGAUUGUGGUUAUAGUGAAAAUGGUGUCACCGUUGGGAAAACUUCUUUAUUACUGCCAGUAUUUAAACGAAAAUGUAAAACUUAUGAACAGUGUCAGGAUCAUACGUUGCUGUGGUACAAUUUGUAACUUAUUAAAUUGUUUUCUUUCUUA